AUGUCUGCCACUCGCCACUCUGCCGAAUCGCUCACGAAAUGCCUGAAGGCCAUGCAGACGGUCUACGGGGCAUUCUCACAGCUCUCUCGCGCACAAGCAUCGUCGUGGGUCCCUCCUCCGAUGUCAGAAGGACACCGCGGACGAUAUCUCUGGACUGACGCCUUCGGCGUCCUCAACUUCCUCACCCUCGGUACGCUCACGCACAACCCGACAUACACGACCCUAGCCGCCCGGCUCAUCGUCCGCGUGCACGACGUGCUCGGACGCACGCGCGACGGCACGCAGCGCCUGCCCGGCGCGACGGACGCACAUCCGCUCCGGGGCGGACUCCGCAUCGGCAAGGUGGGCGACGAGGACGACCCGAGCGGGGACGGCGACGGGCAGUACCACCACUACCUCACCAUCUGGAUGUUCGCGCUCAACCGCACGGCGCUUGCGACCCACGACCCGCGCUACAACGACCUCGCAAUCGAGCUCGCGAAGGCGAUCCACCCGCGCUUUGUGCGCGAACGCGACUCGGAGCGGCCGAGGAUGUACUGGAAGAUGAGCGUGGAUAUGAGUAGGCCGAUGGUCCGCUCGGAGGGGAACCUCGAUCCCAUCGACGGAUACGUCGUGUACAGCUUGCUUCAGCGAACAAACAAGGCGAACCCGAGCGUGCUUGCGCAGGAGGUCAGGGAGUACAAGAAGAUCUUGGACACGAAGUGGAGGAGAUAUGUCUCGAAUGACCCGCUCGACCUCGGAAUGACCCUGUGGACCGCACACUGGUUUGACGGCGAGGAGGAAUGGGCGACGGAGCUCACCAACCGCGCUGUGGCCUGCACCCGUGUCCUAUUCGAAGACGGAUAUUACGACCAAUCCAGAGCCUACCGUCUCGCGUUCCGCGAGUUCGGGACCGGCCUGGGCAUCCGAUGCCAUACCGAGACGCGGCAGAAGGAGCUCUCGCUCGAAGAGGAAAACUGGGAUGCUUACAUGGAGAAGAUCCUCUCGGUAUGGGAACCAGACCUCGAGAGUGGGCCGACGCACACGCCCGCGUCGCUCGUGCCUAUCACCCUUGUCAUGUACUCGAGUGCGGUGAUGCCAGGCGCAUUCCACAAGGGGUUCUUUGACCAGUACUGA